UCCAACUCUUCGUGAAUGCGAGGCUGGGUUUAAUGGGCCUAAGCUUUCCAGGCAAAUGGAAUGUCUAAAGCGAGUUGAAAUUAGUUGUAUAAAACAUGGUAGAUGACCGUUUAUCAUAUAAUGGGUUACAUAAAGCGAAGGAUAGAGGCAUACAGGAUAUUUUAGAAAUGCAUUUAAAAAGCAGAUCUAUAGAUUACAAUGUUUCUGGAGAGGAACAAGCAGACCAUACAGGACUUAUCACUGGGUGUAAUUCCCGCCAAGAUAAGAAAAUUGUACCUUCGAGAACAAUUGAAGAGAACCUCAUAUCUUACACAGCCAUAACGGCUGAUCCAACUCCGCACGAAGAGCAGUAUCUUGGUUUGAAAUCCUUUCUGACUGCAUGUAAUGGAACUUAUAGGUCCGAUUUGAUGCAACUGUUGUUUCCGGUGUUUUCAAUUUUCGUGGUGGAACAAAUAGAAAUGGAUCAUUUUGUAUCCGCACAAACAUUUUUCAACAAAUAUUAUAGUGAACACGAAGAGAAAUACGAAAAGGAAGUCAAUGAGCUUUUGCUGCUGACUAAAAGCAAGGAUUUUGUGAAUGACAAAUCAAAAGUUGCACAUUUAAAACAGAAAAAGUGGCGUAUUGUUUUAUCUAGUAAGAUAUUUAAUUACUUGAUUCAGCAUUUGCGAAAUAAUAACCAUUCACUUUUACUUCAGACAAUAAAUAAAAAUAUAGAUAUAAAGAUAUUGGAUGACUCAAGACAGGUGGAUAAUAAAGAAUGGACUGAGGUUGAUAUUCAAAAGAAUGAUGUAGAUGAAAUUCCUGGGGAUGAUGAAGAGGUGAACAAAUUGAAUGGUUAUAUUCAGAAAGUGGAAAAGGCUAGCAAGACAAAGCCGUCAAUUACAUUGUACUCAUUUGUGAAUUCCUAUCAAGGUUUAUCAUCUGUAAAGUUUUCUCCAAAUGGUAAUGUGAUUUGUGCUGGAUUUGAAGAUUCUUCUGUACGGUUAUGGAGUUUGAAUGUGAAAAAAUUUGGACAGCCAAAUCCUAAAACAUCAAGCAUUAAAACAGCAACAACUUCAACUGAGACAUCAUCUAAUGAAAGCAUUGUUUUAAGAGGACAUCAAGGAUCUGUCUAUUCACUCCAGUUUCUGCCUGAAGGCAAUGCUUUGCUUUCUGCUUCAGAGGACUGCUCAGUUCGUCUUUGGAGUGUACAGUCACAAACAUCCAUGGUUGAAUACAAAGGCCAUGACAGCCCUGUCUGGGACAUCAGUUCUGGCUGCAAGGGCUCAUACUUUGUUUCUUCAUCGAAAGAUCAUACCAUUCGCCUGUGGGCAACUGAAUAUGCUUUUCCACUGAGGCUAUUUGCAGGACAUCUCAACAGUGUUGAUUGCGUUCAGUUUCAUCCAAAUGGUAAUUAUGUUGCGAGUGGAUCGGCAGAUAGAACAUGCCGGUUGUGGGACCUUCAAAGUGCACAGUUUGUCCGAGUUUUUGUUGGGCAUGACGCCCCAAUAUACAGCAUUGCAUUCAGUCCGGAUGGGACGCAUCUGGUAUCAGCUGGUGAUGACAACAGAGUUCUAGUAUGGGACAUUCGUAAUGGCAAAGUUUUAAAGGACCUACGUGGACAUACUGAUACCCUUUACAGCGUGGCAUUUAGCAAGGACGGAUCAAUGCUAGUGUCUGGCGGGCUUGACAAUAGUAUUCGCGUUUGGAAUGCAGAGGCGAUUAUAAAACAUGGAACAUCAGGGAUGGCCACCAGUGACAGCCUGUAUCACUUGAUAAGUGCGUAUUCAACAAAAGCGACAAGUGUCCUUGAAUUGCAUUUCUCGCAAGGCAACUUAUUGUUGGCAGCAGGGCUCCAUGAAACUAGGUAAUUUUGUAUAUAUAUAUAUGUAAAAUGAACCGAUAACUUAGUAUAUUUUGUACUAUUUAUCGUAACUGGCGUGACUAUUUACCAGACCCCAAAGAAGGCGACAUCGAGAAUCAUUGUAAAUCAUUUAUAUGCAGAGGACUUUCUCGCAAGUUUGUAUAAACUAGAUUGUCGAAUUUCAAGCCCCACCUUCUUUACGCACCCAAAUGGACUGCAGCAACUAAGAGAUACUAGAGCUGUUUCAUUUUACAAUUAUGACUCACUUAGACCCCGUUUACACGGGAAAGAUCCAGGCCGGGAUCGAUCCAAAACUGGUACGGAUCGGCGGCCUUCCGUUUACACGCGAACGCUCUGGAUUGAUCCGCUAUCCGUGCUAAUUUGGGUUCGCUUUGGAAAGCGUUCCAAUUUGGGAUCGAUCCAGUUUGGGAUCGAUCCCGUCUCGUGUAAACGCUCGAAAAGGUUGAAUCGAUCCCAAAUUGGCACGGAUAGGAAACGAGGCUAAUAAAUUUUCCAAUUGGAGGUGCUUUGAACAUGGUGCUUCGAGCUUUUUUCUAUCAGAUUUUGCGCGCCUUCUCGUUUCUCGCCCACCAGAAGAGAAAAACAAAACAAUAUGGAGGAAUUUUUUUACAACUUAACAACUUUUUGGGGAGAUUGUAUUUGAAAUGAUCUUAAAAUUCCUACCAAUCUUAACACUUUUGCGGGGUCUUGUCAACCAUGUUUUCCCACAUUUUUGUCCACUAUUAAAUGCCUUAUCUUACACCCUUCUUAUGUUCUGACAUUGAUUUAGCAGUUUCCACCCCAUCUUUACAUACAAUGGUGUCUACUAAAGCAUUUCAUCUUAUACAAUAGCAGCAUUUAUCUUUAAGACAUCACAUCAAUGUAAGACACCAAGUUCCAAUCUACCUACACUCUUAUAAAUGAAAGCUUCUCAAAACUGAGGACGUUUUGUCUAAAGUUAGUGUCUUACGUAGGCUUUGCCGUAUUUUGUAACAAAUGAUUAAGGUUGAAAAGUUCUUCAUCCCUUCAAUCGAAAAUACUGUUUUCAAGUUAGCCAAAGGGGACAGCCUGUAGAAUUUAGUGAUGCCUUUACCUAAAGAAAUCUAACUAAAUUUCCUGUAUGAAACUGAUUAACUUGCGAUUUUAUAUUAACCAAUAUUUAUAUUCGUAUCAGAAACUAAUUCACGA